AUGCAGCCAGUCAAUGAUCUGUUAUCACUUCCCCUCAUAUUCCUUAUACUGGCUUUGAGCGGUGCCGCAUUUUUCAUAUAUUCGUCCUUGACAGGACCACUAGCACAUCUUCCUGGCCCUUUCUACACCAAGUUCACAGGCGUAGUCCAUUUUAUUAACAUUUUCCGCGGCAAGAGACACGUUUAUCUCACGUCUCUUCACGCUAAAUAUGGUCCAACUGUGCGCAUUAAUCCACGGGAGGUCUCGGUUGUAGACUCCGGGUCAGUGAAACAAGUAUUCAAGACCUUUCUCAAGCCUGUUUUCUAUGAGAAUCUCACUGCGGAGCCAACGCCGAGCGUUUUCACCACUACGGACCCGGUGUACCAUGCGAAACUACGGAAGCUGCUGGCCGGCGGUAUGUCCGAGUCCUCGCUGAAGAGUCUUCAGCCAGUCGUUCAGUCGAAGGUGAAUCUCUUGAUGUCUGGACUGAAAAAAGAGAGAGACACAAAGGGUUAUAUGGAUCUCUACAAGUGGAACCAUUUCUACGCGACCGAUGUCAUCGCAGAACUGGCGUUUGGACAGUCUUUUAAGACUCUCGAGGAUGGUAAGGAUCACCAAUAUGUCAAAGAUAUACAGGCUUUGGUACCUUACAAUAUUCUUCGUGUCACCGUCACUGGUAGGCCGCAUAAAGAGACAAAGGAUUGGCCAAUUUGGCCCUUCACCGCAAUGGAGAAGAUCAAUGUUCGCUUGCUAGAUCACGCCCAAAAUGCUUUGAAUCGAUACAGACACCAUCUAGCCCAAUCAGAUAACCCGAGGCCCAACUUUUUCGAUAAGAUUAUGGGUGAAAAAGGACAUGAGGCAGCGAUCACCGAGGACGAGCUUGUCUCCAACGCAAAGUUGUACUUGGUUGCCGGAACUGACACGUUAGCGCUCCCGCUAACGUACCUUUUCUAUGCUCUUCUCGAAAGUCCGCGAGUCCGCGCGCGACUGCUGCAAGACAUCAAGCUAGCUGAACUGCCCCAGCAGCCAACUAAUGAUCAGCUCCGUGCUGUAACAUAUCUAGACUGUGUGAUAGAUGAGAGUCUUCGAUUAUAUCCACCUAUCGUGGGUCCACUGCCACGCGUCGUCCCGGAGGGUGGUCGUAUGCUGGGGAACUGUUUCGUUCCUCAGGGCAUAACCGCAAAUCCUUUCACCUACCUCUUGCAGCGCAACCCAGACAUUUUCCCAGACCCUGAAACAUGGAACCCUGAUCGCUGGGAGUCCGCUACUAAGGAGAUGAAGGAGGCUAUGUGGCCGUUUGGAGGAGGUAGCCGGAUUUGCAUGGGGCGAUUCUUGGCGAGAAUGGAGAUGCGUAUGGCAGUCGUGGCUUUUCUACAGACUUUUGAGACCGCAGAGGUUGCAUAUGGCGUGGAAGACUUCGCCCCGAAAGACAUGGAGGUCGUUGACACUAUUCUUGGAAAACCUGUGGCCGAAAAGCUACUAGUCAGGUAA